AUGCCUUGCUGGGACGAGGGGAGAUUGGCCAGCUCAACAGAAUCAAAAGAAUGCAAUUUAGAGGAAAGUACGUUCUGCGUCUACACGGCCGGGCCCAACACGGCCCUGGUCAAGUCGUCCGGCCGUCGCGAGGUCCGCAUCGUCAUCGGCGGCCGCAUUCUCGCCGUCCCGAUAAUCCAGCGCGUCGACUCUCUCAGCCUGGAGCUGCGCACCAUCACCGUCAAGACCAGGCGCGGCACCACGAAGAACGGCGUCGCCGUCGACGUCACCUCGUGCUGCCAGGUCAAGAUCCAGGGCUGGUCGCUCGCUCGUGACGGCGACGACCCCGUCGCAAACUCUGAAGUAGCGAACGGCGACCUCAAGAUCGACAAGCUCGCCAUCCGCCUCGCCGCCCAGCACUUCAUCGGCAAGAGGGACAACGAGAUCGAGGAUGCCAUCCAGAAGACCAUCGCCGGUCACCAGCGCUCCAUCAUCGGCGUCCUCACCGUCGAGGAGCUCUACCGCGACCGCGCCGCCUUUUCCCGCAAGGUCCUCGACCUCAUUAGUGAGGACAUGCGCCACAUGGGCCUCACCGUCGUGUCGUACACCGUCGCCGAGAUCACCGACGAGAACGGCUACAUCGAGGCCCUCGGCGUCACGCAGACGGAGAAGGUCAAGCGAGAUGCCACCGAGGGCAAGGCUGAGCACCAGUCACACGGCCUCACGCGCAAGGCCCAGGAGGAGGCCGUUGCUCAUAUGGCCGUCAACGAGCAGCAGCAGCUCAGAAUUGAAUCGGAUAAGAAGCGACAGGUCGCCUACUAUGAGGCGCAGCAGGAAAUCGACCGCGAGCAGGCCAGGCAGCAGAAGGCAGGUCUUAUCACGCAUGAGGAGAGAAACGCCGUCUUGUUCGUUACCAGGCAGAAGGCCCUCGCCGCUGAGGCUAAGGCCGAGCUGGACGUGCUGCAGCAGAAUGUCCAUAAGGAGAGGUUGACCAUGGAGAAGGAGGUGCAUGCGAAGGCAGAUGCUAUGUUGUACAAGGCAAAGGUCGAUGCCGAUGGCAUCAGGGCCAGCGCCGAGGCCGAGGCGUAUCGUAUCCGCGAGGUCGGGCAGGCAGAGGCUGCCUCGAUUAAGGCGAAGGGGCAGGCGGAGAUUGAUGUGCUCCGCUCGCGUGUCAUGGUCUGGAAGGAGUGUGGCAACCAAGCGGCGCUUCUGGAACAGAUGGUGGCAGUGCUGCCGAGGGUGGCGGAGGCGGUGGCCGGGCCGCUCUCAAAGACGGAAAAGAUGGUGUUUGUCGGGUCGGGCGGCAGCGGCGGCGGCGGCGGGCCGUCGCAGUUCACGCGCGAGAUGGAGCGGAUCGUGGCCGAAGUGCCGGAAACGGUGCGCGCGCUGACCGGCGUCGACAUUCAUCAAGGGAUUGGGGCGCUGAUGGCACCCGACACCAAGCAGUCGAUGAUUCAGGGAACCGCCGAGGGCGUUUCGACAGCGCUUGCCGAACAAAUUACGCCGGGCUUCGUCGGCAGGCGUCGACAUGUGUGA